AUGCAGAGAAAGAUCACUCUAAGUCUCAAAGGGGAGCUCGUGACGGCCCAGAACGCCGCCGCUGCGUUAAAGCAGAAGCUCGCUACGCUUGAAUUGGAAAACCAGCGUCAGGCCUCACAAAUACAAAGCCUCACUGAGGAAUUGUCCCAGACGAAAUCGGAACUCUGCCAGGUGACAGAGGAACGGGAGCGCACCGUGAACUCGAUGCAGGACAAGGUUGGCGAGGUCGAACGCUUGCGCUCUGAACUCUUGCAUACUGGUGAGAAAUAUAUAGCGUGUGAAGAGCGUGCUGGUAAAAUCAAGGAUACUGCAAAGAAAGGCAUGGUUCAUCUCAGCCGAGGGCAUGCAUAUUUUUCCUUUUUUUUUGUAUAUGAAUCAUUGAAGACCACCUUUGAUGAACUCAAAUUACGUUUCGAUGUUUCUCAGGACCACCUUCAGCGCACGAAGGAUGAAAUCGAGUUACUAAAGUCUACUUCUGAGCGUCAAAUCAAACUCGUUGAAUCCCACCUGGAUGAAAGUGGUCGCUACCUUCAUAAAUCUGCCGAAACCCGAGACCUCAUUUCCGAGUUGCAGCAAGACCGCACCAGCUCCCAACAAGUUAAUGAUAUCCUACGUGAAAAGCUCCAUACAUUAAGCGCGCAAUUAGUGGAGUCAAAACAGAAGAUUGCCGAGUUGGAACUGCGACAACUUGAGGAAGGAGCGCGCUGGAGUCGACGUGGUGAAACAUGGCAAAACCUUCAAUGUAAAAUAGAGGAACUCGCUGACAAACUCGCUAAGCGAGAAGGCGAAGCCUUUGAAGGAUUGAUAGAAAGUGCAAAUUUAUCCACCGCUCUCAAUGAGGCUAUCGAGAAGCAUGUCCUACUUCUUUGCAGUCAGAUUCGUCCCUAA